AUGAACACCGGCGACAAUGAUCCAUUCCGCAAGACUUGUCUUGUGCCGUACCCUAACGUCGACGAUCUUCCACCUAAUCUUCGCGAUAAGCUGAAUAUAUUGCCGUUUCGUCGCAACAUUAUUCUGACUAUUGCGAACUCCCAUGGUCUUGCACCCCAUUUCCUGGGCCUCAUCGGUGCCUGCUUCGAUGGUACCCAGCGAGGACUGCCCAUACUUGAGUGGCAAUUGAUUGUAUUACGGACUUCCACGAUUCUCAAAGCGAAAUACGAAUGGGAUGUCAAUCUGCCUGUUGCCGAGGUUCACAACAUGCCUCAAGAGAAAAUCGACAAUAUGGGCUGUCCAGCUUCAGUCAUCCAUGACACUAGUCAAGGCCCAUGGACAGCCCGGGAUAGGGUUCUGCUACGAAUGGUGGAUGAGCAGUUGGCCACGUAUACGAACGAGGAAAAAACGAUUCAGGAUGCCUUGGAACUCCUUGGAGCGGAUAUGGUCGUCGAGGUGAUCAUUGUUAUCGGUAUAUAUGCUUUGUUGGCUCGGUUGAUGAAGGGACUAAGAGUCGAUGACGACGCAGAGAUUCCAGGACUAAAGGAGAAGAUCAGAGACUCCAUCACACCCACAAGAUAG